CGCUAUUGUUCCGCCGGCUGCAAGAAGUCCAUUGAUUUGAUUGAGGAAAGUCUGCUGACUUGAUUUGGUGCCAUCAGCAUCAGCUGCUCGGCUUUUGUUUUCUCCUCACACGUCCGGAUCUCUUUUUUUUUCUUUUCCCUUGGUGGUCACCAGCAAAAGUGGCCUUCAGGGUCGUCAUGUUACCUCCCAUCAAGAGCGACAGGAUCAUAACGCACCUGCCUAAGUGUUUCAGUGCGAAGGCGGCACUGCAGACCAAAGAAGUUUUCCAUCCUCAGGUACAAGCGGCGUGCCAGACGCACGAUAAAGAUGGUAUGAGCUUCAACGUUGCCAAAGUCAUAGUGGUGGGCGAUGUGUCUGUUGGGAAAACAUGCCUGGUCAGCAGGUUCUGCAGGGGCGCCUUCGAUAAGAACUACAAGGCCACCAUUGGCGUAGACUUUGACACAGAACGCUUCCAGGUGCUUGGCGUACCCUUCAGUAUGCAGCUGUGGGACACGGCAGGCCAGGAACGCUUCAAGUGCAUCGCCUCAACAUACUAUCGAGGAGCUCAAGCCAUCAUCGUUGUCUUUGACUUGAGCAGAGGAAGUUCCCUAGCGCACGCCAGGCAGUGGCUGGAAGACGCCAUGAAAGAAAAUGACCCUUCCAGUGUUCUUCUCUUCCUUGUGGGCACAAAGAAGGAUCUCAGCACUCCCGAGCAGCUGACUUAUGUCGAACAAGAAGCAGUCAGAAUGUCGGAUGAAAUCAGGGCCGAGUUCUGGGCCGUGUCAGCCAAGUCAGGAGACGGCGUGAGAGAUUUUUUCCUCCGCGUGGCCGCUUUGACGUUUGAAGCAAACGUUCUGUCAGAGCUGGAGAAAAGUGGACCGAGGAACGCCGCCGGUGUCAUCAAGAUCACCAGCGGCUCGGAGGAUGAACGAAAGCGGGCCAAGAGGAAGCCCGACUGUUGCUGAUGCUGCCACGAGUGGGCACGCGACUUUCUUUGUAAAUAAAAAGGUUCUACA